GCUAUACAAAUAAAAAUGAAUUGAAUUGAAUAUGCAGAAAUGUAUGCAAAACACUCAUCCCACAUACUGUACAGUCAAUCUUCCGCUGUUGAUGAAAGAGCAUUCCAGUAUGUGAUUGGCUGGGUGCAGAUUUGCAGCUGUGAUCUCAUUUCCGGUCAAGUGACGGCUCACUCACGCGCUUCCUUUUCCUCUAUGUAUUUGGGGGAAAUGUAUUUGUUAUUGACGGGGUCUGGUAUUUCCACGAUAACACUCGACUGAAACAGUGACUCGGUCUGGGAUCAUGACUCAUCAGAGCAUUAUUUCGACAUGCUUUAACCGGGCUCGAUGAAAUGAUUCUUUAAGACUAAGAAGACCACACGCUACCAGGACCUGUCAUAGGAAUCUUAAAUAUCAGGGAAGACUGAAUUCUCCUCUACAGAGAAAAUGUCAAUAAUGGACCACAGCCCCACCACUGGCGUUGUGACGAUCAUAGUGACCCUGAUUGCCAUUGCCGCUCUGGGAGCGCUGAUCUUCGGCUGCUGGUGCUACUUGCGGCUGCAACGCUUCACUCAGUCCGAGGAUGAGGAGAGCAUCGUUGGUGAGGGCGAAACCAAAGAGCCUUUCCUCCUGGUGCAGUACUCGGCCCAUGUUCCUCGGGCAGAUCAUAAGAGCAGACUCGCUCCUACCAGCACUGAGAGCCACAGCUAAUUGUUCUCUUUAGAAAAACCCGUGCUGGGUGUGAUCCAUGCAGGGAUCCAAUUUCUUUUGCUCCUUUUAUAUAUUACAAAACAUAUCGCACUUGUGAUAACAUCCUGUUGUAAUGGUUUUCAAACGCAGAAGAACAAAAACGCAUGUAUUUGUCCGGCUGCUUCUAAAGUCUUUGUGAAUGUUGUUUGCACUUUGUGGUCCAGUGGAACCCUGUUAUAAUGUGAAACUGGUACAUUUGUGUUGUUUUUUUUUUUUUCUGUGACAUUUAUUUAUCUGCUAAAUUAUGUCCUUAGGUACUAAUAUUUUGUUGUUGUGCUAUUUUAGAAGAACCUUUCUUUCAGCCAGAGCUGGCUCUGGUGUAAAGCCAAUAUGUGCAAUGACUGCACAUGCUCAGUUGCGUAUUAAUUAUUGUUUAUUAAUUCAACAGUCCAUUUAAUAUGUGAAAUAAAUCAGUCACGUCUUUAGUUGUAGUUAGCGACUCAAGAUCCUUCGAUUACACAUUUAGUCUCUGACAUGCCAUCAGAAAGAUUUGUGUGCAGAUUAAAUAUUGCAUUCUUGGCGCAGGGUUAAUGCUCUCUGCAUCUACUUUUUUUAGCACGGAAAUUAGAUUUGUAUUUCAUUUCUACGUCAUUUCGACACGCGGGAUUAGAUGCUGUUGUAGUUUGGAUCUGCUAAGAAGCCAUCAUGAACGAAAGCCAGUGACUAGGUCUCAGCGUGUGGAGGUACAACAGGAAGAGCCCAGAGGUGUUCGUUAUGGUGGCUGAGCACAUUUCUGUGUGGAAUUAGAUGAAAGAUGUGUAAAUAUUUUUUUUUAUAGGUCUUUCAUGUUUGUCAUGCUGAAAAUGCAUAAAUUUGUGAGGAGAGAAAAAAAAAGUUGUGAAUUGUCUGCUUUUCUGUAUAAAUGAAUAAAAUGUGAUUUUGAACUUAAUCAUAAGUCUUCGCAUCUAUGUAUUUCCAGGGAUGGGUUCAUGUUCAGAUUCCACUUGACAGAUCCAGGACACAUCGUGAUCAGAUUAUGAUUGAAUUAUUCGAACUGCAUUCUGAGGUGGUCGGAGAUACACUUGACCACACUGCCUUUGUAAUGUAAAUGCUAAUGUGUCGCGAAUGUGUCCCAGACAACACUGAAGGACCUGUGCAUGGAGACUGGGAUCUCACGAGACCUAACCAAAAAAAGUUUUUUGCUUUCAGGACAAAGAAAGGCUAUGUAUAUUAACAUUGGAGCACGUUGGGUAAGGUGGGUUGCUGUAAACUAGAUGGCAUUGUUAUAAAAAAAUGUAUUAAACUAUUGGAUAGUGUUGCUAAAUGAAAUUAAGUUCUAUACCAUGGCGCUGUUGAAUUCUUAUUUCUGACUGGUCAGUGUUGAUUAACUUCUUUAACUUGUACAGGGACUUGGUGUCUGGUGGACACGCCACAUAAAAUGUGUUUCGUUGUUGUUAUGGCUGGCAAUAGAGUCAAUGAUUUAUCAUUAUUAGAAUUAAGCAUCAAUUUAUUAAUCGUCAGUAACUGCGUUAUCCUAGUCACAGUGGAUCUGGAGCUUAUACUGGGAAACAGAGGCCGGGAAUUCACUCCGUAAGGGACACUAAUCCAUCUCAGGGCAGCACGCACACAUUCACACGUACGGUAGGGGCAAUUUAAUAUAGCAAAUCUACUACCUACUGGCAUGGUUUUUGAAAGGAUGGUGGAAAUCAUAGAAUGCGGACAUAUGGAGAACAUGCACAGAAACUUUCGAGACUUGGUGUGGAUCAUUUAACCUGUGAGGUGAUCAUCUAAUCAGAACAAUGGUCAGUUACAUAUAACUGUCUUAAAAGACAUGGUAACAAAAACAGGGUAUAUAAGUUUGAGUGACAAAGACAUUCCUGCAA